AUGGCAAUGCGUCCUGGGCCACCGCGCCAGCCCGUGGGGUCUGCGGCGUGGUGCACAGAAGAGAGAUCCUCGGCGCUCCAGAUCUCUCAGUCUGAGGUGGAAGAGUUUGGCUACUCUGCAAGGAACGAGCUGGAAUGGCUCAACGAGCACAUGGCAGACGUCUUCUCCGAGAACCAGAUAAAUGUCGUCGAGGUCUUCAAGACGCCAGGAAAGCUCCGUGGGAAGACCCCAAGGACUGCGCGCAAACCUAUCCAAAGUGAAAAUAGAGUGCCCCUGUCAAACAUAUUCUCUGCGACGCCGAAAGGCGAGCCGAAUCCCUUCGCAACAUCCGCGUUGCACAAUGACAGAACCCCCAAGUUCCGAAUCGCGGAGGACAAUCCAGCCAUUCCGGCCAUGCGUCCUUCUAUAACUCGCAAACCCGUGCCCACGAAGCCCGCAUUUCAAGAACUAGCUGCAGUCGCUGACUCUGGGUAUUAUGGGAGCCAGAGUCAAGAGGUCACUUUCCAAAGUGAUGAGUUGGUUGGGAAUGCCGAGCCAGUACCACCCCGGAGUCCUCAACGGACGCCGGGACGGCCAAGACAGCCGUUGACGGCUCUGGCAGAAUCUGACGCCAUAGAUAAUCUGGACCCGACCACCGAGGUUUUCGAGGAUCCCGCCGAGUCUGUAAAUGGUUCAGAGACAGAUCGCCCCAGAGCUGUUUCCCCGGAGGCACAGGUUGACGAAGAAGUGGAGGCAGAGCCGGUGCCGGCAUCAUCGCCAGUCAAUUUGCUGGGUCCUGAACCGCCCGAGAAGUCCCCAGUCGAAGCGUCGCCGCCGAGGCCAGAACCGCCUGCAGCUGAUACCGGUGGCGAGGAGCAUUUGGAGGAAACUGCACCUGCGCCUGCACUCGGAAGCACCGCUGAGGACGAUGAAAUUGCGGACGUAACCGGAUCGCCAUCAGAUGGCUCGAGCCCAAUACGACCUCUUAUGCGCAAGAGCAGUCUCAACUUUGCUUCUCUUCCUGCACGCGAGCCUAUGGCCUCUAACAAGAGUCUGGGUGCGCGGGUAUCGAGAACAAGCCACGUCGACCAGGCCCGUACCAGCUUUUAUCCCAGAACAACCGGAGGCAAGAGCCUAGGAAUUCGACAAGAAACGCGCGGAGAUGACCACGAGGCCAUGGAUAUCGACGAGGAUGAGCUGGCAGGAGCCAGCCACAAAGAAAGCACUGUCACUUCCCACAGCAAGACAUACACUCAGAGGCUGCAGGAUCAGAUCAGUAUGCUCGGGAAAUCGCAGGGAGGUGGAACAAGACUCUCAAAAUCGAUUCCGAGUCUUGUUGGCACUCAGAAAGCUGUAUCCAACAACCAGUCCCAAGUCCCACAUACCACUCAUGCAGAUGCAGAGAUGGAUCAGACACCACCGAGGAAGCAGCAGGUGGCGAAAACUCCUGGAGCUUUCCCUGAAGAUGAUGAGGACGACUGGAUUGCUCCGCCUACCACAAUCCAGGCUGCCACACAGAGCCCUCGUCCCGCGAUGGAGAAGAGCUAUACUGCGGACGUGAUGGAGGGGCUGCAUGGCAAGAAUACCGUUGGUGGUACUGAAUUCGUCCUGCCACAGCACCCGUCACAGUCCGGCGCGUCGGAAUCACCACCUAACCCACCUGCCAACAAGCCAGACCUGGCUCCUAUCGUUGGCCACAUCAAAUCGGCGUCGGUUGAUUUGUCAAAUCACAAUCAUGCGCCACAAGUCUCUGAUUCCAGUCUCAGGAAGAUUGUUUCGGCUUCGAAUCCUAUGUCGGUGACAACGCAAGACGAUAACAUAGAUGAGCCUCCCAAAUCGCCGUCAAGAACUUUCCGCGAGAGCCCGUUGAAACACAGCGCCUUGAAACAGGUUAAAAACAAGUUUUCCUCUAUACUCAAGAACUCCAAGGGCCUGUUAGCAAGCAGUGCUGCAAUCAGUGCGGAGGGCAAGGCAUCGUUGGUAAACUCGCCCUCGACUGUGAGACUGGAAAAACAGCCGACCAAUUCGACCGGUUCCCUGCGACCAGGCAACGAUCCCGAGCCUCUGUAUCCAGAUUUGACGCGUCAUGCAUCAUGGGAUUCGCAACCUGCGCCAACACCAUCAAGCCCGUCGCGAUCCAAUGGGCGUAGGACCCGUGCAUCUGCGGAGCGAGAUAGGAAGGAGCAGAAACAGAAGGGUAGGGAGGAUAAGGAAGCAGCUCAUAUCGCCAAUCAGAUGGACAAGCUCGAGAAGGAGCGGGAAAAGGAACGAGAAAAGGCACGCGUUUUCAGCAAAGAGCAGGAGAGAAUCGCCGCAGCUGAGAAGCAGCUUGCUGCACAGAAAGAGCGCGAGAGGGCUAUGCGGACGCCGGCACCGAAGGAAGCCUCCAGACCGACGCGAAGUAGCCCGCGAAAAGCAAAGACUCAACAGGAAACCGACGCUAAGGCUGCGGCAGAGACGACUGAGCCUGAAUUCGCGGAUCAAGAUAUAGAGAUGACCGAUGCUCCUACGAGUAAGGUGGCACCUCCUACCAUUCCGCGCCCAACGCCUGGCUCAUCUUUGAAUCGCGAGAUAAAGCGGCCAUCAAGGCCGACCAGGGAACCGGCUACGAAACCGAAGCAGGCGCCUACUUUGAUACGCGUGAACACAUCUUCUCAGAAUACUGGAUUCCACCCCUCUAACAGCGUCUUGGCUGCAACACUGGAGAACACUCUCGGACCUUCUCAACAGCAAAUCAAGGGCAAGACCAGCCAGCCCACAUUGCAAAGCAAAAUGUCGCAGCAGAGUUUCAACAGCUCUGUGAACUCGACAACAGGUCGUCCCAAAGCCCUAGAUCUUGCUGCGAAACGAAAACAGCAGGAAGAAAAGGAAGCUCAGCGGAGGCGUGAUGCUAAGGCAGAGAUUGAUCGGAAACGGGCGGCAAUGCGGGAGGAAGAUCGGCGCCAGGAGCAAGAGCGACGAGAGAAAGAGCGGCAACAAGCAGCAAAGGAGGAAGAGGCCAAGAAGAAAGCGCAGCGACAGGCCGCAAUCGAGAAGGCGAAGCAAACCAGAGCCCCUCCGCCAGCUGUCCGUUCCCAGCCUAAUGCCGCGCCUGAAUACAACAGUGUGCGGGACAAGGCAGGUCUCCCUCGGCCACCGUCUCGCCUCCAGCAAUCUACAGCCCACCGAUCACAAGAGGAUGUCAGCCGUCCGGUCAAUGCUGUCCUGUCAAGCACGACGAGCAUGUCUCUAAAGAGGCCGCUCCAACAUGAUGGCGUGGAAGACGGGGCACAACGACCGACUGCACCCCGAAGCGGACCGUCGCAACCAAAGGAGGUCAAGCGCAUGCGCAUGUCAGAUGAGUUCGAUCUCGAGGACGAGGCAGAAAUCCAGUCGUACGGGACCAGCUUGAAGGGGCCGCCUGUCCGACCUUCAGCCGGCUUUAAGAAAGAUCUGCCAAACAAGUCACUGUACAGCGGCUAUGCCCCCGCGCCUCAGCGCCACACGCGACAUUUUCAAGGCACCGUCUCAAAGGGACCCAUACCAUUCGCGGCAAGCCACCACGCUGCUGGACCAUCACACAAGACCCCAGCCAGGCCAAAGGGUGUUGUGGCCACCAAAUCGGCCGCCAAACCCAGAUCAUCACCGCGCUUCCAGAACGGCGACAAUAUCGAGCUUCCAGAGAUUCAGACGGACGACGACGACGAUGAUGAUGAAGAGGAGGACGAAGGGGCCAAGGCGCUUGGGACCGCCUCGUGGGCUGACACGCCUGCUCUUCGGCGCGAGCUUAUGCGGCAAGAGACAGUCGACCCUCUGCAGGUGUUUGGGCCCCCGGCGCCACUCAACAUGGAAGAGGUGUUCAGCAAGAGCAAGGACAGGUGGCACAAGUUCCGAGCGAGGACGAGCAGCGCCAACUGGAGCGGGGCGGACCGGCUGACGGAGGACGAGAUCCGGAAGGACCUGGCUGCACGAGACCGAAUGAGACGGGAGGGAGGGUGGACAUAUGAAUUGAGCAAGGACAUGUGA